GAAGCUUCAGUCUGUGCAGGGAGCACCGAGGAGCAGAUGGACCUUGCUCCUAUUGUAACUGAAACUGCAGGAGAGGAACUGCAGACAGAGGCCACAGCUGAACACUCUAAGGAAGCUGCGGCCGUGCCUUCGGAGCCAGAAGAACUGUUUGAUAACAGCACUUACAAAAACUACGAGCACCACAGCUACAACCCCUACACAUUUGCAGACCUGGAUAUGCAGAUGGCCAAGUUUCGUCUCCCUCAGCCCUCCUCUGGCAAGCCUUCACCCAGGCACUAAAAAGAGCUGAUAUGACCAUAAGUUAUGGCUUAAAGAUGACAGUGAUGGCAGUGUCUCUUUUUUCAUUGUCCCCCUACUUCUGUUGUUUUUAAAGUAAAUCAUUAAAGUCCACACAUAAGAAUUGAGGUCUGUUUUUUUGCCUGACUUGGUUGUUUUGUCUUGUAUAAAGCAAUUGGUGUAUAAAGAAAUGGGAAAGAUCAAA